AUGACAGAUGCUUUCCCCGCCGCCCUGACAGGGCCAACCUCGAAGGAGCGCAAAUAUGACCGCCAGCUCCGCCUGUGGGCAGCAACUGGUCAGCAAGAACUUGAAGACUCUCAUGUCCUGCUGGUGAACUCUGAUGGCCCACUCGGCCAAUACAAUACCGGUGUCUCCGGCGUUGCUGGCGUGGAAACCCUCAAGAACCUUGUACUGCCUGGAAUCGGUGGCUUCACCAUCGUCGACCCAGCAAUAGUUACGGAGUCUGAUUUAGGCGUUAACUUCUUCCUGGAAGAAGAGUCUCUGGGCAAGUCCCGCGCCAAGGAAACCUGCCGACUUCUGAAAGAACUGAAUCCAGGAGUGGAGGGAUAUUACUAUGACCAACGGAUUGGGGAGCUUCUUGAAGACCCUAACUUCUUACCCCAGACCAAGCUGGUAAUUAUUUCUGGCCCAAUGAGACGCUCAACAGUGGUACCUCUGAUCCAGGAAGCAAAGCAACUGGGUAUCCCCGUGUUGUACCUGCACUCAGUCGGGUUCUUCUCUAAAUUCUCUGUGCAAUUGCCAGCUGAAUUCCCCAUUGUUGAGACACAUCCGGACCCGGAAUCAACCCAGGACCUGCGUCUGCUAAACCCUUGGCCCGAGCUUGUCGCCGCCGCAGCCAAACUCGAUAAUCUGGACACCAUGGAUGACCACCAGCACGGCCAUGUGCCCUACGUACUCCUCCUGCUCCACUUCCUAGAGCAAUGGAAACAGUCUCACGACGGCAACGCACCCAGCAACUACAAAGAGAAAACCGAGUUCAGAGAGUUCGUGCGAUCCCAGACACGCACUUCAAACCCAGAAGGCGGCGAAGAGAACUUCGACGAAGCAGUCGCCGCAGUCCUAAAGACAAUCACCCCAUUCAGCCUCCGAAGCUCGAUCCGCGAGAUCUUCGAAAUGACCCAGUGUCAAGAGCUAUCAGCCUCAUCAGAAGAUUUCUGGGUGAUAGCCUCAGCAAUAAAAACCUUCUACGCAUCCCACAACGUCCUCCCCCUCCCAGGCUCCCUACCAGACAUGAAAGCCCAAUCCGCAGACUACGUGUCCCUCCAAAAUAUCUACAAAGCCAAAGCACGCCAAGACGUGGAAGAAGUAACCGCCACAGUCCGCGAUCUCGAAUCCAAGCUCCAACGCCAAACCGCAAUCCCAGAUCGAGACAUCGAAGUAUUCUGCAAGAACGCCGCACACAUUAAAGUCGUCCUCGGUCGGGAUAUCCCACAGAUAAGCAUCGACAGCGAGGCAUCAACAUUGAAAACCGUACGCAACGCGCUAACGGACCCGGACAACCUAAUUUUGAUAUUCAUUGCGAUGCAGAUCCUCGACUCUGUCGUGGAUGAGAUCCAAAGCAGCGGUCGGGAAGAGGACCGCUCUGUUGAUGACGAUGCGCUGUGGAAUAGCCAUACGGAACGUAUCUUGGCUUUGUUGACUGCGGCGGAUGGAUCGGCUGUUUCUCAGGAGGCGCGGGCGCGGAUUGCCAGUGCGAGUAAGGAAUUGCGUCGGGCUCAGGGCGGCGAGUUGCAUAAUAUCUCUUCGUUGACGGGAGGUUUGGUUGCGCAGGAGGCGUUGAAGGUGAUAACUAGACAGUAUGGUCCGCUUGAUAAUACUUGCAUCUUUGAUGGGGCUAGGAGUAAGAGUGAGAUGUAUAGACUGUGA